AUGAGCUCUGUCCAAGAUCAUGCUAUAAUGGGUCCUCCGCUAGUUAAGCGGGUGACGGACGAGCUUAAAACUUCUUCAAUCGAUGAUCGGCAAUAUCGCAUUAUCCGUUUGCUAAACUAUCUAGAGGUUUUACUCGUACAUAACCCCAAGAUGGAUAAAGCUAGUGUGGCGUUGGAUGUGAAUGUUGGAAACUUCAGCGAUAAUAAGGAUAUGCCAAGCAUAGCACACGCCAUCGAACAUCGUUUGAAUCAGCUCGAAAAAUCUCAAUUGAACCCUAAGCAUCCUUAUUGCUAUUUUCCCACGGGUAAUUUUAAGGUGCUUAAAACUAUACCCGAAUCUAAAGGUCUUGAUCUCUGUGUUCUUGGAAGAGAAAGGCUAAAUGAGCUCCAAUCGUUGGUGGUUGAUCUGUUCUCGAAUGUACCGAACAAAGACCUGCUACGGAAUCGCUGGGAAGACCAAGUUCUUUUUACCGAAGACCAAUUUGCCGUGCAAUGCUUUGCGAAACUAGUUGCGGGCCUUCGACAGCUACAAUUAUCCUUUCCUUUUUUGGAUGAAGAGUGGCUUUUCAAAACUUGGCCGAGCCGAUACAUCAUUCACUUAAUCGGGCAUAAAGGCCCCGGGAGCAUUAUAGCUUAUAUUAAGUCAAAAGGGUGGGCAAGCUUGCUUGUUGCUAGUGUAGACCAAGUUUGCCCAGGCACAUCGGCCAGUUAUUUUACAAGUAUGAUAUGCUCCGUAAUGCAGAAACCGUUGCCAAGACAGUGGCUACUUUGCGGGGAAAGUCUCUUGCGACAAUUUGAUCCUGUGGCAAUCAGCAAGGGUGUUGAGUUUCCUGGAAAAUGCCUUCCUGGAGAGUGGAAUGAAAGGGAAAAUUGGUAUGGCACAGAAUAUAUAUUAGAGAAGAUACCCGAAGGUUUGCUGGCUGAACUCUUAAAGGUAGUGAAUAUUCCAGUAGGAGGUCAAAUUCCGUCGCUUCAUCUGCCAACGAAAAACCGCUUCCUCCCUUCCAACCCCGAAGUUACGCGGAAAGAAUUCGGGAGGCCGGUUCUAGCACCAAGGCUAAUCCGAAAUAACCAAGUCGGACGGACCUGGUGGAAAAAGGAUGACACCUUUUGGGUUCCGAAGGCAACCACUAUCAUCAGUAUAAGAAACCCGCUUAUGUUUGCAUCCGCGGGAAAUUAUAUCAAAUCAACUUUAUGUACGGACCUUGUAUACCAUGCCUUCGAAGAGUCUUUGUACGACGCGAGACUAGUUGGAAUGUGGUACCGCGUUCGGCUAGAUUCUCGGGGCUGGAAAGUUGAGGUAUCGGGCUGGAACAACCAGUUGGCCAUUCUGUUAGAACAAGUACUUACCGAAAUGUGCAACCUUGAUAUCACAGACACGAUGUUUGAAAUGGUUCAAGAGCGCACGAUUCGAAUCUAUAAAGGUAGGGGGCUUAUAUCCGACUAUAUAUACGUUAAAGAACAGUUUAUUACCGAGUUGCCUAUUAUUACUGUUGAAGAUACCCGUUAUUUCUAUAAACAAGUUAUAUCACAGCUGCACUUUGAAGCCUUUAUCUAUGGCGACGUUUUACCCGAAGAGGAGUGGUCCGUUCCCCGGUCUUUUAAGCUUCCAACAGGAUUGAACUACCUCUAUCGGAAAUCUUUAAAAGACCCUAUUAAUGUAAACCAUUGCAUCGGGUAUUAUCUUUACGUUGUAUUCGAUCAGCUACGGACUAAGGAAAAUCUUGGCUAUGUAGUUUUCGGCGAUCUCCAAAGCGAAAGUAACCCGAUGUAUCUUUCGUCUCGGAUUGACUUAUUUCUCCAGGAGCAGGGUCAGGCUUUGCAAGAUAUACCGGCGGCUAUAUUCGAAACCUACAAGGAGAGUGAAACUGCGAAACAUUGGGCACAGAUUAUUAAUAAAUCUUAUAACUUUGAAGCAGUUACUAAGGCCGAUAUAAUAAAGUUUUACUCUAUCUUUAUCGAUCCUAAGUCCACGUCCCGAGCGAAGUUGAUGGUGCACCUUAUCGCUAGCAACGCUUCGACUAAACCUACAGAGUGCAAGGACUAA